CUAACGGUAUUUUAAGAUGUGCUAACUGCUAAGCUAAGAUGUUUCUGCAACGCGGCAGCCGCUUCAGUUUGUUAAUACAUAUUUCUCUGUGAGUUAAUGUGAUACAACAUUCACGAUGCACACCACGAAUUUACAUCAAAUGCCAAACAAAAGCGAAGCAGAAUUGACUCCGGAGGAAAAAUGGAGAGUGGAGCACAUAAAGAUGCACGAACAGCAUCGAGGUCACGAAUCUAUGCACGCAGAAAUGCUGCUUAUAUUGUUAGUGACGUUAACAGUAGCACAGAUUGUACUGAUUGAAUGGAAGAAGAGGCACUUUAAAUCAUACCAGCUUGUAACACUAGUAGCCAUGUGGAUUAUUCCAUUUGGAAUUAGUUUGAAGAAUCACUGGUGGAGAUUUAUAUUUUUAUGGCUUUUAUCCUCGUGUAUAACAGGUUUAGUAGUAAGAAAAGCCAUUCAGAGACCAAUCGAAGGUACCACACCCAGAUUAGUAUACAAAUGGUUUUAUUUUAUUUAUAAGCUCAGCUAUGUAUUGGGUAUAAUCGGAUAUAUUUUCAUUUUGCUUACAUUCUUUGGUCUAAAUAUCAUAUUAAAUGUUAAGCCUCAUGUUUGGAUGGAUUGGGGCAUGUUGUUCAUAUUUUAUGGUCUUUACUUUGGAGUAUUAGGAAGAGAUAUUGCUGAAAUAUGUGCUGACACAAUGGCAUCACAUAUCGGAUAUUAUACUCCCGAUAGCAUGCCAACCAGGAUUCUGGAAGUAAAUGUUUGUGCAGUAUGUGGAAAUAAACUUUUAGUUUCUGAGCAUGAAGAAGGUGUGAUCGAAAAUACAUACAAGCUUACUUGCGGUCAUGUUUUUCACGAGUUUUGCAUUAGGGGCUGGUGCAUUGUGGGGAAAAAGCAAACUUGUCCUUAUUGCAAAGAGAAAGUCGACUUAACGAAAAUGUUCCGCAAUCCUUGGCAACGGCCGCACGUUUUAUACGGUCAAUUGCUGGAUUGGUUGAGAUGGCUUGUUGCAUGGCAACCGUUAAUUUUGUUUCUAGUUCAAGGUAUCAAUUGGUCUCUGGGCCUUGAAGUAACAAAUACGAAGGAGGAUCAGCAUGAAAAAACAUUCGUAACGGAUGUAACGGAUUAACUACUACCGCACGCUAUAUUGUUAGAUAAUUUUUCUGCUAGCACCGACAGAUAAGUUCCUAUUUACACACUCGAAAUCUCUUACUAAGAAGUAGAUCUGAGAAAGGAUAUGAUCUCGUUGGACGCGUAUAGGGUUCAAGAUAAUGUAUACAUGUGUGCGUGUAUGUGUGUGGGCAUAGUAAGAGAGAGAUAGAAAGACAAUGAUAACAACUUGUCAGUGAUGUUACUAAAAGACUUUAAUUAACUUUCUCGUUAUUAUCGAUAGAAAAACAACUUUCAUCACAUCACGUAUCCAUAGGUACUUGUCAGACCAUGUCGGACCCGUCGCGAGAGUAUUAUAUAUAAUUCGUAUUUAUAUUUAUAUUUAUAUACAUAUAUAUUUGUCUAUAAACCUAAAGUCUUUCGUGGACACUUGUGGGAUGAAAUUCCAGGGCGAGGUGUACAGGGUAGCGCUAGGAAAGUGAGGAUAAGAUAACAGAGGCCAAGGGUGUAAACACAUUUAACGAUUAUCUUUCAACGAAUUCGAUGAAACAGAGAUGGUGACGUUAACACUUGAAACUUGAUCUUUGGCUUGUUGGAUAGUUCAGACGCCACGAAACGACGGGAUCGUUAGGAUGGGUCCAGGGGCAGACAUUCACAAACACGGGGAAAUUUUAUAGAUAUAUUUAUUGAGUACUUAGCGUGUAAGAGUAUAGAAUAUAUGUUACCUUAUUGUUAAAUAUCAUUACAUGGUAAAUAUAUUUCUAUAUAUGUAUAUGUAUAUGUGC